GAAGUUUUCCACCCUGGACAUUAGCUUAUUGGAGAUGACCUGCCUCUUGCCCGAGGUAGUGGCCUGUGGUGCGGUGACCGGCCUUGGCUUCCUGGCCUUGUCGGGUGCCGGGCUUCUGCUGCUGCUGCUGGCGGCCGGAGGCCUAGCGCUGCUGGACCAGCGGACGGUGGCACCGGCAGCCCUCGCAAAGGCGCCGAACGGGACGCCGGCCACGCAUUUGGGGCAGCUGCCCCGCCUUCGCUGCAGAUGCUCUGCGGCUGGCCGCUGCGAUGCCCAGUUCUGUAGCGGCCCCCAGCGUAGGAGCUGUGGUGGCCGCCCUGGGACGCGUCUUCCUCCUGAUCUCCACGCUCGCGCUCUUCGCUCGAGUGGCACUGAUUGUGUGCUAUUUGCUGCUUUUGCCCAGGCAACAUGA